UGUUUAUAUUAUAUUGCUCAAUGCUAUUUUGUUGUUCUUUUUUUUUUCAUUUUUCUUAUAUUGGAUUGAUUAUUUCGUGUGAAAUUUCUUAUUAUUAUUUCUUCUUUCGGUGAAUGUAUAUUAUUAAUUUGUUUCGUGUCAUAGACAAAGUUUAAGCUGAAAAAAGUAAAAAGAAUAUUUGACAUUCAUCAUUUACAUUUAUUUAAAUUCAUUGCGUAGAUGACGUAUAUAAAAGAGUCAAUCUUUUUCAUAUAUCUGUCAAAUAAAGUUAAUAAUGUAUUUUGAUUUCCUUUUUCUUCUUCAUCAAAAAUAUCUGUCUGGUCUUAUUAAGCAUGCCUUAUUAGGCACUUUAUCUGUCAAAACUAAUAAUAUCUUCAAUAUUGUAAUACUUUAUAGCACUAUCCAUGACUAGUUAUUUUUCUAUAAGAACACAAUUAAUUAUAACAAAGAAACAUAGAAUAUUAAGUUUAUUUUUAGUAUACGAAUCAGACAACAUUAGAUUUUAUAAUUAGAUUUUCAAAAGAAUAUUUGCAGUUGUUUACUUUCAUUAUAAAAUCUUUUUGUAAGAGAAAUCUCAGUCUAUUCACUAUAAUUUCCGGUACAAAAAUUCCUUACGGAAAGUGAAGAUUGAUGUCAAAAUAAAAACAAAAACAAAAACUAUGAAUGAUUGCGUUUCAUAAUCUCGAUAGAAAAUAAUGUAUAUUAUAUCGAUCGAAAGCUGAUUAUGAUGUCCGAUCUAAUAGCCAACUAUUCUAUUAUUAUAUUUCAUUUGUAUUUGCAAAAUAUAAACUAUUUUCUAUUAAAAAUAUGAAUCUAAAAUAAGCAAAAUUGUAUUAUUAAGUCUUGUAUAUUAAAGGAAAAUUUAGUUAUAUUAUUAUUUUAAAACUGAAUUAUUCGAUAAAGAAAAUGAUAAUGAACAAUAGUUUCUACGUAGAAGUAUUUCUCAUAUUUUUGGUUUUUACAAUCAAAUAAAAAAACAAUAAGAAGUUAUGGUAAAAAAGUGUAGUUCAUUUUGAGUAAUGUUAUUUUGUCGUAGAUUCAAUCGAUAUUUCCUUCUAUAAAAAGAUAAUAGAUAAUAGAUAAAUGAAAAAACGUUAACUUUGAUGAUCUUAGAUCUUUGUUCAUUUUCUAUAAAGUGAUUAAAAAGAAAUAAUUUUCUAACUAACAAGAGGUCUAUGAUAAAUAUAUUAUGCUUAUAUGGCAUCCAGUCUAUCUUUGUCUUAAUGUCACUGAUAUAAAUUUUCACUGCUUGUAUAAUUAAGUUAAAUAUUAAAUAAUCACUUGAUACUUAAAAAGUCAAUUGAUUCUUCGUUAUUUUUCUUUCAACAAAUAGUUAAUUAUAUUAUUAAAAUUAUAUAUAGAUCGAGUAUCGAUAGAUUUAAUCUGUAUAUUUAUAACAGUCGUAUAUAAAUAUAUGUAAACUAUACGCAUGUGUGUAAAAUUUCUUAAUCAUUGACUUUUUCUUUUUGCUGAUAAGAAAUCAUAUCAAUUGUUGUUGAAUAUUUACUCUAAACAGAAGUAUUAAAUAAACUAAGAAUUGUAAACAAUAUUAUAGUAGUUUUCGCUAAUGAAUAGUAACAUGUUUUCCGUCUUGUACUUAUUGUUAAUUAAUAUGGCUGCGACAAUGACCAAAUUUUUUAGUGAAAAUAAUGAUCAUGCUUUAGUCAUAUUUAAGUCUAACAAAAAUGAAUAAUACACUAUUUUUUUGUAAAGAAUAAUAAUAAUCAUUUUCGAGAACAACUUAUGUGCUUUAUUUCUAUCUCUAUCAACUUAAUAGAAAAUAAUAAAAUUGAGGGUGUGGGUCUCAGUAUGACAGUAACAACUAUGUCCACACCCACCCACAUCCUAGUCUAUACUAUUAUCUAAUGCUUUAGAUCUUUACUAUGUUACUAGCGUUUUGAAAAUAAAUUGUUUGAGUUCUUUUGCUUUUAACUUCUUAUGGGUGUGUAAUUAUUCGUUUAUUUGAAGGAAAUACUUGAUUGGCGAACAAGUCGAGAAUUCUUUUAUUGGAGUUUAAAACGACGUUUAGGAGAAGAUCAUGCAAUCAAAAUACUUCUUACCGCUGAUUCUUCAUUAGAUUAUCAUAAAUGUCUUCAAUGGACAAAUGAUAAGGAAGUUGUUCAAUGGCUUGACGAAUUUAAUGAAUCUUCAUUAAUAAAUGAUCGUAUAACAAAUUUACAAAAAGAAAAUGCUCGUCAAAAAAUCUAUCGAUUACUUGAAAUGCAUCCUGAUCUUCUAUCGGAUAUAAAUAAACAUUUAAAUGACGAACAACGUCAAGCAAUCAAUCGAAACUUGAAUAGUAAAACAAAAAAUUAG